UAAGUCAAGUCAAGGACGAGACAGACGGAUGUCGUCCCUUGCCGGGCCGUCUGGCUCCUGCCGACCCUCGCAUAUAGUGACUGCCGCCCCGGCGUCCACAGGCACACCGCAGCCACCCGCCAACGCGAACACGUCCGGCUCCUCGCGCCGCCGCGCCGCCGCUCCGCCCGUCCCAGCGCCCCGCACAGCCUCUGGAGCCCAACCCGCUCGGCCUUGCAGCUCGGUGAGGGGUAGUGUCAGCCAUGGACGCCAUGGGCGCGCUGGGCGCCGUGUCCGCGUCACUGUGGGUGCAGGGCGCCGCCGUCGCCGCGCUCUUCGGCCUCGUCUACUACUACCUGCUGAUGCCCGUGGACUGGACCAAGGACUUAUGUGACGUGGGCUUCGAGCCUACGGGCCGCGGGUGGCGCAAGGGCUUUCGCACUCGGGCGGCCGUGAUGCGGGAGGCGCAGCGUCGGCGGCGCCUCGGCAACCUGCCGCCCGUGUACCCCAACGGCUGGUUCGCGGUGCUCGAGUCGUCCUCCCUGCCACGCUCCGGCGUCGAGCAUGUCACCGUCCUUGGCCAAAACUUGGCCGUGUUCCGGGGCGAGACGGGCACCGUGCACAUCCUGGACGCCUACUGCCCGCACCUCGGCGGCAACAUGGCCGAGGGCGGCGUAGUGCACGGCGACUGCCUCCGCUGCCCCUUCCACGACUGGAGCUUCAACGGCCACGACGGCAAGUGCGCCAGCGUGCCGUACUCGCAGAAAGUGCCGGACUUUGCGCGGGUGAAGCACUGGGAGAGCUUUGAGACCAACGGCUUCGUGUUCGUGUGGCACCACGCCGAGGGCGAGCCGCCCUCCUGGUGGCCGCAGCCCGUGCUCUCCAUCAUGGACGCCGGGUGGGCCUUCGUGGGGCGCAACGAGUUCACCGUGUCGUGCCACAUCCAGGAGAUCCCGGAGAACGGCGCGGACGUGGCGCACCUGAACGCGGUGCACGGCCCGGGGAUGAUGGGGCUGUCGGCGCUCUCCCAGCACUUGUGGAGCGCCCAGUGGAACCCGGGCACCGAGCCCGACAACCAGCACACCGCCGAGCUUUACCUCGACCACGAGAUGGAGUUCUUCGGCAAGCUGCGCCUGCUCAAGAUAUCUGUGCGCGCUAACCAGAUUGGCCCAGGCUACGUGGAGUUCGCCAUGGACACGACUUUCGGCCCCAUCGUGAUGCUGCAGUCCGUGACUCCGGUCGAGCCGCUGGUGCAGAAGGUGGUGCACCGUAUGCACUGCCCACGCUAUCUCGUACCCUACGCCAAGUUUGUCCUCUACGGAGAAUGUGUCAUGUUUGAACGUGAUGUGUUGGUCUGGAAUCACAAGAAAUUCGAGGACAAACCACUUCUGGUCAAGGAAGACCGACAGAUUGCGCGAUAUAGGCGUUGGUACUCACAGUUUUAUUCAGAAAACAGUCCAAAGCACUCUUUUCAACGCGAAACUAUGGAGUGGUGAUAGGGAAAGUUUUAAUUUAAAUUUAGACAGUCAGUGCAUUUGCCUAUAUUUUUACUUUGGGACACUGUCCAAUCAUAUGUACAUUAUUGAUUGAUAGUUAUAUAUUUCUUGGGUUAUUUCUUUUUAUAGUUGACAUUUUUAUGUGGAGACACAUGUUUUUGACAAGCACUAGUUUGUAAAAUACAGGGUUCAAUAUUUCAUUUUAUCGAAGACUGCAUUUAAUUAUUUCCUGUUCCAUUAAUUAAAAAUUGUUUUUCAUUCGCACACCUACUGCCGAUCCUGCAGCUUUUACAAUGUAGCGUAAUAAACUUCUCGGCUCUCACAUGACUUAUAAGAAGUUGAGAAUAACAUGUAUCUGAUAGACUUAAGUAUUAUUAUGAAGCAAAGACUUUGGAAAUUCAAUGUAGAUUAUGUAUAUAUUAGACAAUGUGAUAAAAACAUGUGAUCCUACAUAUUGUACAUCCGAAAUGGUUCUGUUUUAUUUAUCGGGCGCAUUUGUACCCAUUUUUAAAAUGUUGAUGGUUUACGACGGCAGAUAUUUGCGAAUUAAAAUAUCAUAUAUUUAUUACUAUCGGA